AACAAAAGCACUAUGUUUACGUAUGAAUUUCAUGAAUGAAUACAGUGAAAAUAAUAUUGUAAUUUGUUUGUAAUUUGUAAUUUAUUUAGCAUUAACGAUACCCUGGUGGUUGUACCAUUUGUCAGGUCAAGGAAGCUAUAUAUAUAUAUUGUUAUGAAAUUCGAACCGGAAACUAGAAUUGCCCCUUUAAAAUAUUAGUAAAUUAUGUUUGCAAUCAUCAAACAAGAGGCUAUCAUCGGUUUGCGGUGUUCUAAUCUUGCCGCUCGGUCAAGUUCCACUCGGUUGGCACAUCAGAAACGGAUUCGUGUUCCACCUCCAGUGAGAUCGAACAAUACAAGAACACAACCAAUUACACCGUUCGGAUGGAUACUAUUGGCCAUUCCGGCAACGACUUUCGGUUUGGGAUGUUGGCAAAUCCAACGCAAGCAGUGGAAGGAGGAUUUAAUACGAAAACUGGAGUCUACUGUCCAAAUGGAUGCUGUUCCUGUGCCUGAUAACUUGUCCGAUUUGAACAGCAUGGAAUACCAGAAAGUCGUGGUUCGGGGUGAAUUCUUCCAUGACCAGGAAUUGCAUUUAGGUCCACGUGCUCUUAUUCAAGGUGGAGAUUCAAAUACAGCUGGUGGCUUGUUCUCGCAAAAGGAGGGUUCCAUAGGCUACUGGGUAAUCACUCCAUUUAAACUCGAAGGAAGAGAGGACAAAAUUCUUAUCAAUCGUGGAUGGGUACCGAAAAAGCAGUUGAAUCCAACCAGUAGAUCAGAAGGACAAAUCACCGGAACCGUGGAGCUGCAGUGCGUUGUACGUUUACCCGAAAAUCGACCUCAAUUUACACCGCAGCAACGCGGAGCCGUAUUCCUUUAUCGAGACGUACAGAAAAUGGCACAGAUAUGCAACACGGAACCGUACUUUUUGGAUGCUACCGUAUCCACAACCGUUCCUUAUGGUCCAAUAGGCGGCCAAACCCGGGUGACACUGCGAAACGAGCAUUUAUCCUACAUCUUGACGUGGUUUAGUUUGUCUGGUUUCACAGCGUGGCUGUGGUUUAGACUGAUAGUUCGGGGAAAAUCAUUUUGAUGGGAGUAAUCUUUGUCGGCUGAAUUAUGUUGCACUAGUGUAAAUCGAGCCUGAAUUAGUUGAGUUCUAAUGUAAUAGAAACCUCAGGGUCAAAUAAAAUUUUUACUGUUGAAAGCUUUUCUUUUAUCCGCUAUUAUUGACACAUAAAUUUAUCAGGGCAUAUUACCAUAUUACAGUUACUUUUGGAAGAAAACAGAAAUUAGCGUAGAACAUGAAAAUGGUAUACCUGCGCUGUCAAUCUUACUAUGCAUGAUUUGAAUACAUAUCACAACGACUAUAAUGAUGGUACCAAACGUUUUCUUCAAAAUUUUUGGAAAUCACAGUCACGGAUCGUUAGGAUGAAAGUUUGUUUUGGUGCUAAUGACAUCAUAGCUAAAAGCAGAUGAAAAGGAACGGAAUCAGGGACAAGAGCAAAUCAAUCUGAGUAUGAGAUUCCGACAGAUAAAAUCAAACGCCUGCUUGUGUCCAAAUUACGAAAAUUACUCAUUUCCCGGGAAUAUGGAAGAGUUAGAAACAUGUAUGAGGCGUAUUGAGACACGUAUUACUAAUCGCGACUAUAGAAGAAAACAUAGAAUUUUUCGUCGUGUAAGUAGGGUAUUGUGAUACGUUACUAACGGGAAAAAAUAAAAAAAUGUGCCUUGUUGAAAACCUACUAUUUCGAUUCA